GAUUUAAGUUCAAACAAAGCUCAAACUGCGGAGUAGUUGACAUGAUUUUGCUGUUUAAGUAUGUUUUUGUGAGCACGUCUAUGAUCUCUGUUAUUGUAUGUCAUUACGGAGAAGAUUUGGAGAAAACAGCAUACACCGACAGUAAUUCCUGGGCACCCUUAAGUAACGAGACCACGUGACUAGAGCGGGGCGGUCGAACUACAAGCCAUUUUGGGGACGGUGUCAGUUUCCACGGAGCACACACACACAUAUAGCUACUGCGGCUGCAUUUCACUGGGGGGGCGAAGCGGUUAUUUUGGAGGCAAAGUUAUCGCAGCCGAAGUGGGAGUCUUCCUGUACCGAACCCGCGGAACUCAGACCCUUUUGAAGCCGAGGAUUGGACACGCACACGGUGUGCAAGCGGUUAGGAAACGAGGAGUUUUCAUUCGCACAUCUGAAAUGCGCUCCGGUCCGCCGCCGUGCGCUCUCCGCCACUGACAGCGUCUGCAGCCUGCUUCAAGAUGGCGGCUCGGCUUCUAUUCAUUUUCUGCUGAUCGCUGCUCCAACUUUCAUUGUCUGAUCGUCUUAAGACUCGCCGAUUCCAAGCCGAGCCUCCAGGGUUUGUUAUAUUUUGCUCAGUUCUUUCACCAUGCAUCGGACGACCAGGAUAAAGAUUACUGAGCUCAACCCUCACCUCAUCUGCGUCCUGUGUGGAGGAUACUUCAUAGACGCAACCACCAUCAUCGAAUGCCUUCAUUCAUUUUGCAAAAUGUGCAUUGUGCGCUAUCUGGAAACCAGCAAAUACUGUCCUAUCUGUGACGUGCAAGUGCAUAAAACUAAACCACUGCUCAAUAUUAGGUCCGACAAAACGUUACAAGACAUUGUGUACAAGUUGGUCCCAGGGCUCUUCAAAAAUGAGAUGAAGAGAAGGAGAGAGUUCUAUGCAGAGCAUCCUGUAGAUGCUUCCAAUGGAUCACAUGAGGACCGCGGGGAGGUGGCCGAUGAGGACAAGAGAAUUAUUACAGACGAUGAGAUCAUCAGCCUCUCUAUUGAGUUCUUUGAUCAGAGCAGGCUUGUAGGUGGAGUCGAAGACAAGCCGUCAAAAGAUCAGGUGGCUAACAAGAGGUAUCUGCAGUGUCCAGCAGCCAUGACAGUCAUGCAUCUGAGGAAAUUCCUGCGUAGCAAAAUGGACAUCCCGAACACCUACCAGGUUGAAGUGAUGUAUGAAGAUGAGCCUCUUAAGGAUUACUACACAUUAAUGGAUAUAGCAUAUAUCUAUACUUGGAGAAGGAACGGUCCGUUGCCUUUGAAGUACCGGGUACGACCCAACUGUAAGAAAAUGAAGGUGAGCCACGCGCAGCAGGAAGGACAGAACAGUGCAAGCAGAUCCGGUCCGGAGAGCGACUCAGCCAGCGACAAAGCCGGAAGUCCCGCCGGCGCCCCAUCCACUUCGUCGUCGCUGCCAAGUCCUGGUACGCCUGCGCAGUCACCGCACCCGCAGCCCCCGCACGGCCCCAGCAACGUGAACGGAACCGCAGCCGCCACGACUCAAACUCCAAGCCGGCCUUUCACCCAGUUCGGCAGCGGGGGCAAACCUCGGAAGGUUUCUCUGAAUGGCUCGUCGACUUCGUCCGGAUGACGCGGGGCUCCGGUUACGUGCAGCCAACGCCAGACUUCCCGCUCAGCUGAUACUGUUUCCAUGCCAACGUAGUUCCAUUGUGUAGACAAUGUUCUUGCUCUUUCUCUCUUUCAUUCGUUGUUCUAAAAUUUAUUACGUCACUUUUAAGUUUCAACGUAGCGGAAACAGACUUGUGAAAAUAAACGGAACAAGAAAGUCGGACGGCAAGGGAAUUUUAAUCUGAAUUGAGACAUUGAAGAGGGGGGGUGGGGGGGGGGGAGUUGGGAAGAAUAAUCAUUUAUCCCUUUUUAAAGCUACAUCUUUAUUUUACAGAGGUGACUGAAGGAAGGUGACGUUUUUAUGUUUUCUUUUUACGUGUGUCUCAUGAUUAUGUGUAGCUGUUUUGGGAUAUUUUGAAACUCUAUUUUAAACAUGCAUGCUCAUGGUGACACUUUUCAGUUCUGACACAGAGUUGGGCGUGCCCCCUUCCAGAAAAUAAAAAAAAGAGACAAAAACUGAAAAAAAAAAAAAAAAAAAAAAAAAGGAAGUAUGAGCAACAGAAGUUUGUUUAGCGCUGUUAAUGGGGGCUAAUUAUAAAAAAGAGGGGAAACAAACUUUUACUGGAAACAAUUACUGCGGUGGAAAUGGAUUAUUCAUCCUCCACAUCACACGUUUUAAAAUAAAUCCGCGUGUAAAUAGUCAAAAUGCAUAUUUAAUCAGCGAUGUUAUUCUCAUAUUCCCCCUUUUUAUUCCGAGGGAAUGACUUGGGCACCUGCUCAGCUUCAUUUCAUGUUCAAUUACGGAUGUUUUGAUGUCUCUGUUUUCCGUAUUUGUAUCGCUUGAUUGUAUGAACAACUUAUUGUAUUGUUACUGUUGCACAGUAUAAAACAUCUAAAUAAAACAUUUUACACUUA